UAAAUUCUAGUCAAGCACAUCGAGCGCAUGCGCAUUUAUAAGCAAAAUAGUAAAUAAACAGAUAAGCGUGUUUCAUAACAAAUAUUCUGUAAAAAUAACAUACAUGUUCUCAUCCUUCCAGGGGUAUGACGAAUAAAUUUAGCUUAUUAAAUUUACUGGUAGAAUAAAACUUUCAUUACCGUAUGAAAAAUUUACUCAAGUUUUCUUCUCUAUGUAAACAAAUUUCUGGAAACAAUAAGAAUAUCUCUUCUAUGAUGACUACUUUAGAAUCUUUAAAAUUUGAUAACUUGGCUUUAAAAAAAUUACCAAUCGAUAAUGAAGACAAAAACUAUGUUCGAACUGUAAGGGGUGCUUGUUUUUCAAAAGUUAAACCUACUCCUGUAAAAAAUCCUAAGCUUGUAGCAUUAUCCAAAGCAGCAUUGCAACUUCUUGAUUUAUCUGACACCGAAAUUGAACGUAAAGAUUUGGUUGAAUACUUUUCUGGUAAUAAAUUACUGCCUGAAUCAGAACCUGCUUCCCAUUGUUAUUGUGGUCAUCAAUUUGGAUAUUUUUCUGGCCAACUUGGAGAUGGAGCUGCAAUUUACCUUGGUGAGAUACUAAACAAGAAAAACGAAAGAUGGGAAAUCCAACUAAAAGGUGCUGGUCUUACACCAUAUUCGAGAACUGCUGAUGGAAGAAAAGUCUUAAGGUCUAGCAUAAGAGAAUUUUUGUGCAGUGAAUUAUGUUGUUUUAUUUGGAACAGGCAAUGCACUUUCUGAACAUACCAACAUCUAGAGCUGGCACAUGUAUCACUUCAGAUUCUGAAGUGAUUAGAGACAUAUUUUAUGAUGGCCAUCCAAAGCCAGAAAAAUGUACUAUUGUCCUAAGGAUUGCACCAACCUUCAUUAGGUUUGGUUCUUUUGAAAUUUUUAAUACUUUAGAUCCACUGACUGAAAAAGUUGGACCAAGUGUUGGAAGAAUAGAUAUCCUCAAUACUCUUCUCAAUUACAUUAUUGACACCUUCUAUCCUGAAAUAGCAGCAAAUACAGAGAGUCAAGAGCAAAAAUACAUUGCCUUUUUCAAAGAAAUUGUUCUACGCACUGCAAGAUUAGUUGCUCUGUGGCAAAGCGUAGGUUUCUGUCAUGGGGUUUUGAAUACUGAUAAUAUGAGUAUUGUUGGUCUGACUUUAGACUAUGGGCCAUUCGGUUUUUUAGAUAUCUAUAAUCCGAAUCACGUAUGCAAUGCCUCUGAUGAUGGUGGACGUUACACUUUCAUUAAGCAACCAGAAAUUUGCUUAUGGAAUCUCCAAAAACUUGCCGAGAGCAUUAAGAAAGCUUUACCCUUAGAAAAAUCUAUUCCACUUUUAGAAUUGUACCAAACAGAGUUUCAGGCCACUUUUAUGAAAAAAAUGCAGGAUAAGUUAGGCUUAGUUGCAAGAUUGACUUCUGAUGAUAAAUUGCUUAUUGAAGAGUUGUUCGAGACUAUGGAAAAUGUUGGUGCUGAUUUUACUAAUACAUUCCUUUGUUUUUCUUGCAUUGAUGCUCAUGCACUUGAAGAAACUAUGCAAAUUUGCAAAGAAUUACUUCUAGAACAGUGUUAUCCUUUAGCAGUCAUGACUGACAGUUAUAAUCCAAAAAUUAAUCCUAUCCAAAUGCAAAUGAUUCUGGCCAUAGCAAAUUCUAAUCCUGAUAUUUUAGACCAACUUGGACGUAAUGGUCAAGCUAUUAGACGAAUUAUUUCACAGCUCCAAAAAUUAGAAUCACUGAAACAAAUGACUGAAGAAAGCAAAAGAGAAAAUGAUGAAAAACUUUGGAAUAAGUGGUUGAUGAAAUAUAAAAAAAGGAUAGAGCAAGAUAUUGCAUGCUAUGAAGGGGAUACACAGAGUUACCUGACUGAAAGACUCAAUCUUUUGAAAAAUAGUAAUCCAAGAUUUAUUUUACGUAACUACAUUCUCCAAGCUGCUAUAGAUAAGGCAGAAAAGGGGGAUUUCAGUGAAGUACAAAAGUUGGUGGAAAUAGUGAAAAAUUCAUAUGAAAGCACUCAUGUUGAAGGUGCUGCUAAUGUUACAACACGGGCUAACACCACGGAAAACGAAGCAUCAACAUCGAAGGAGUUCAUCUCGUCUUGUGAACCUCUCAAUAAAGCACCUUCUUGGGGAUUUUCUGUUAAAGUGUCUUGAUCUUCGUAGAAGGCACACAUAGAAUGUGUGUCCUACAAUAUGAAAUAUUUAAAAAAUCUUCAAGGUGAUAUAAAGUUGUUUCUCAAAUGACAGUGGCAUUUUAAAAGCUGGCAACAGAUGAAUGCUAACUUGAUGACAAGAGUAAAUGACAAUUCUCCUUGAGUGUUUUGGGAAUGUUGAAAUUUUUAUACUGUUAUUAGUUUUUAAUGUUUGCUUGUAAUGCUAUACAAGAAUAUUAGUAUUAUGUUAUAAAAAUAAAUUAUGUAAAUUUUUGUAUGAAAUAAAAUAUUUUUAUAUAUAGAAAA